CGCAUGUCGAAAUCUUUUUGCCUCGUCACGCCUCGUGUACGCCUUUACAGAGAGUGACUCAUCUGAGCAUUGACUGUUUACCUCCAACAUCAGACCUGGAGAUCCUUGAACAAGAACUCGACCACUUGACUGAGUUAUUAUAUUUGCCUCAAACCCCGAACUUACAGCAUUCAUUGGUCAUUCAGUCUUGGGCCGGUUUUGUCCAUUGCGGUCUUCAUUGCUGCGCAGUUGUAUUCAGCAGACCCCAGUGAACCCAACCCUUUUAUAGGAUUCUUGCGAAGAUGCCUAUGCUUCGUGAACCAUGGAAAAAAUAUCGCAAAUUUAAGCCUCUUGACCUGCCCAACCGUCAAUGGCCCUCCAAGUCGAUUGACGCCCCUCCAAGAUGGCUGGCCACCGAUUUGCGAGAUGGAAAUCAGAGCUUGCCCGACCCGAUGGAUGGUGAACAAAAAUUGCGCUUUUUCAAGAUGCUGGUCGAACUCGGCUAUAAGGAAAUCGAGAUCUCCUUCCCCUCCGCUUCACAGACGGACUUCGACUUUACGAGAUACUUGGUCGAGACACCUGGCGUCGUUCCAGAUGAUGUGUGGUUGCAAGUGCUGUCGCCGUGCCGGGAAGAUUUUAUCCGCCGAACGGUAGAAUCUUUAAGAGGAGCGAAGAAAGCCAUUUUACAUCUAUACCUUGCUACGAGCGAAUGCUUUCGGAGAAUAGUUUUCGGCAUGACGGAGGAAGAGACACUUGCUUUGGCUGUAAAGUGCACCAAAUUCGCUCGAUCUAUCACCAAGGACGAUCCCAGUCACGCAGGCACUGAAUGGCUUUAUGAGUUCAGCCCCGAAACCUUCUCCGACACAUCCCCCGAGUUCGCUGUGCGUGUGUGUGAGGCUGUCAAAGAGGCUUGGGGUCCGACCGAAGACGCCAAAAUCAUAUUCAACCUUCCGGCGACGGUGGAGAUGGCAACGCCAAAUGUAUUUGCUGAUCAAGUCGAAUACUUUUGUACCCACAUGACCGAACGGGAGAAGUUUUGUGUUUCAGUGCACUGUCACAAUGAUCGUGGGUGCGCGGUGGCUGCUUCGGAAUUGUCCCAGAUGGCAGGCGCAGACAGAGUCGAAGGUACCUUGUUUGGCAACGGCGAGCGGACAGGAAAUGUGGAUCUGGUCACAUUAGCCCUGAAUCUCUAUACUCAGGGCAUCUGGCCGAACGUGGACUUCAGCGACAUUCAGAAAAUCAUCCGGGUUUACGAGGAAUCCACCAAGAUUCCAGUCAACGAACGAUGGCCGUAUGGCGGACAAUUAGUGGUAUGCGCAUUCAGCGGAUCCCACCAAGAUGCCAUCAAGAAAGGAUUCAACGAACGAAAGAAGGUUGGAGCCACGAAUGAAUCUCCAUGGCAAUUACCCUACCUGCCACUCGACCCACAGGACAUCGGCCGUACGUACGAGGCCGUUAUUCGUGUCAACUCGCAAUCUGGCAAGGGCGGCGUCGCUUGGGUUAUCCAACGCAGCUUGGAACUCGAUCUGCCACGAGGCCUCCAGAUUGCUUUCAGCCGCAUCGUACAGAGAGAAGCUGAUGCCAAAGGGCGAGAAUUGCUUCCUCGGGAGAUCCAGGCUCUGUUUGAGGAGUCGUACCAUCUCAAGAAGAAUCCCAGAUUUACCCUUGUCGACUACAACAUCACAGCAGUCAGAACAUCAUCUCCAGCUCCUCCGACCAAGACCUCAGUUGGGCAACCUCCUCAGACAGUUGCGCCGGCUCAGAACACAUCCACCGCAAAACGACAAUUUGCUGGUGUUAUUGCAAUUGACGGCGUCCAGCAUCCUGUCGUGGGUGUCGGCAACGGUGCUCUUUCAUCAUUGGCCAAUGCUUUGCAUUCCCUGGGCAUUGAUCUUGACGUUGCAGACUACAAGGAACAUGCUAUUGGUGAAGGUCGUGACGUGAAAGCCGCCACUUACAUAGAGUGUACUGCGAGCAGUUCUCACGAGAAAGUGUGGGGUGUCGGCAUUCACGAGGAUGUGGUUCAAGCAUCUUUGAUCGCAAUGUUGAGUGCUGCCAGCUCGUUCUUAACUUCACGAGUGUCGACACCUGUGCCAUUCCGACCGAAACACAUACGACAAUUUUCCGAAGCUGAAUUGGAGGCACUGGAGCGCUUGAACCUGAAUUCUGCAGACAGCCCGAUGAGUCCAUUGAGAUAUUCUACGACGGUAGAGCACCCACCCACACCUUCUAAAUUGAACAUGUCGACAACGGAUGCUGGCAGUGUUUCAGCAAAUAAGAUCGACAUUGGUUUGUUGGAAAAGAAAGCCGAGCUCAAUGGUCACGCGGAGCAGGCGUAAUAACAAUGUUCCAUAUCAGACAAACUGAAAGCAUUGAUACGGACUUCAACACUGGAUUGAAAAAAGUGACGGCAAAAGUACCUGAUUUGUGCUCGAGGAGCCUUGAUGAGCAUUUUCACCAGAUUGACGGGAGACGUUGUAUAUUGAGUGAUUAGCUGAGAACUCCAAAAAGGUCCAUAUCAAAAGAAUUUAUGACUUGAACACAUCA